AGACCUCCACCCACCACUCCACCUGCAAACUUCAACAUGGCCACCCAGAAUGUAAACAUUAGUUUUGCACCCAACUUCAAUCUAUUCCAAGACCAUGUCUCCUCCCGUCCCUUCAAUUUCACUUAUGAUGAUUAUGACCUCCCUCUGGAUGAGGAUGAGGACAUGACCAAGACUCGGACCUUCUUCGCAGCCAAGAUAGUCAUCGGUAUAGCACUGGCUGGCAUCAUGUUGGUUUGCGGCAUUGGCAACUUUGUCUUCAUUGCUGCUCUCGCCCGCUAUAAGAAGCUACGGAACCUCACCAAUCUGCUCAUUGCUAACCUGGCCGUCUCUGACUUCCUAGUGGCCAUAGUCUGUUGCCCCUUCGAGAUGGACUACUAUGUGGUGCGGCAGCUCUCCUGGGAGCAUGGCCAUGUGCUCUGUGCCUCUGUCAACUACCUGCGUACAGUAUCGCUCUACGUCUCCACGAAUGCUCUGCUGGCCAUCGCUAUUGACAGAUAUCUCGCUAUCGUUCACCCCUUGAAACCACGGAUGGAUUAUCAAACGGCCUCCUUCCUCAUCGCUUUGGUCUGGAUGGUGUCCAUUCUCAUCGCCAUCCCAUCUGCCUACUUUGCAACAGAAACGGUCCUCUUUAUCGUCAAAAACCAGAAAAAGAUCUUCUGCGGCCAGAUCUGGCCGGUGGACCAGCAGUUCUACUACAAGUCCUACUUCCUCUUCAUCUUCGGCGUCGAGUUUGUGUGCCCCGUGGUCACCAUGACCCUGUGCUACGCCAGGAUCUCGCAGGAACUCUGGUUCAAGGCGGUCCCUGGUUUCCAGACGGAGCAGAUCCGGAAGCGGCUGCGCUGUCGCCGGAAGACGGUCCUGGUGCUCGUGUGUAUCCUCACCGCCUACGUGCUGUGCUGGGCGCCCUUCUACGGCCUCACCAUCGUGCGUGACUUUUUCCCCGCCGUGUUUAUUAAGGAGAAGCACUACCUCACGGCCUUCUACAUCGUGGAGUGCAUCGCCAUGAGCAACAGCAUCAUCAACACCGUGUGCUUCGUGACGGUCAAGAACAACACCAUGAAGUACUUCAAGAGGAUGAUGUGGCUCCAGUGGCGCCCCUCCCACCACGGAAGCAAGUCCAGCACAGAACUCGACCUCAAAACCAGCGUCGUGCCGGCCACGGAGGAGGUGGACUGUAUCAGGCUGAAGUGA